GGAGCUUACAGCGGACCCUUGCCGAGCUGAUCCGUGCCCCCGCGCAAACACCUACACCCCGUAUCUCUGUAGCCUCCGGUCACCGGCCUAUCAACGGCCCAUUGAUUUUUUCGGCAUUUCCCUCGACCUAUCUCUUCCUGACUUUGAGUCACCUUCAUCCCAUCCUCCGCCCGGACCAAUUGGUAUUUCUACCGUGCUGAAACCCUUCUUGUUCUGACCAGAGAACUGUUCCUGUUCUCCUGUCUCCGCAAGAUGGCUUCUCUACGGCCCUUGACUUCGUCCCUCCGCUGGGUCGCCUCCGCGAGAGGCGUCGCCGCUGUGCGAUAUAGCUCCUCCUCGACCUCCGCCAUUGCCUACAAGGCCCUCCGCCGUCGCUCUGCUCCUCUCCCCGUGAGCGACAAUCCUCCUGCGUGGUCCGCCCAGGCCGCCGUCUCCAACAUUCUUUACGAGACCCCAGUCCCUUCAACCGCUCCCCCCAAGCGCCAUAUCCUUAACUGUCUGGUCCAGAACGAACCUGGUGUUCUGUCCCGCGUUUCCGGAAUUUUGGCAGCUCGCGGGUUCAACAUUGACUCUCUGGUCGUGUGUAACACUGAGGUUGACGACCUUUCCCGCAUGACCAUCGUCCUCACUGGUCAAGACGGCGUUGUUGAGCAGGCUCGCCGACAGCUUGAGGAUCUGGUUCCCGUCUGGGCCGUCCUUGACUAUACCAACGCAGCUCUUGUCCAGCGCGAGCUUCUCCUUGCCAAGAUCAACAUCCUCGGUCCCGAGUACUUCGAGGAGCUACUCCACCACCACCGCGAGAUUGCUGCUGGCGAGACUGAUGUCGACUACGCGCAUGAGGCCAUUGAACGUAGCCUCUCCGAUACCGCCAAGGACUUCCACCCUAGCAAGUUGGCCGUCAGCCAGGCACUGCGACACAAGCACGAGCAUCUUAAGUCGAUCACUUACUUUGCCCAUCAGUUUGGCGGCAAGGUCCUAGAUAUCAGUACCAACAGCUGCAUUGUUGAAGUUUCUGCUAAGCAGUCGCGCAUCGACUCGUUCCUCAAGCUUGUCGCUCCCUUUGGCAUUCUUGAGUCUGCCCGUACAGGUCUGAUGGCUCUACCCCGAUCUCCUCUGUCUGAAGGUAACCAGGAUUCCCUUGUCAUGGAGGCAGACGAGGUUGUCGAUGCCAGUCAGCUCCCUCCCGGUUAAAAUUAAAUAGACACCUCAAUUAGUGACCCGACCGAAUGGCGUUUUCAAGGAAAGGAUCUGGUUUAGUUGAUUUAAUUCCUAAGACUAUUUUUAUUGUUCGUGCGCCAAUGCGCCACCUGCUGUCAAGUGUGGCUAGUAAAUGAUAUCGUAUCCAUUCGUAUUCCAUCUUCUCACCAUGCUUUAGAACUUGCC